AUGUCUAAGAUGCCUGCGCCCACUUUGCCCGCACCUGCCUCCCUCACCUCCCUCCCCGCCGAGAUCCUCCUCAAUAUCGUCUUACAGCUCGACCUGCCCACUGCACUCUCACUCGCCUGUGCUUCCUCGGCUCUCACGUCCAUCGCGGAUCAUCGCAUCUGGCAGGUUGUCGCAGCCACCGACCGGUGGAGGGACUUUUCGGAUUCGCAAUAUACCUCCUUUGAGGAGCGGGAAGCGCGUGUGAAGCAGGCGCAUGCGAGGCUUCUGGACACGAUCCUGGAACGGAUAGAUGGUCGCCGCAAGGGUCUCAUCAAGUGCCUAUCUAUCCUCAUCCGCACCGAAACCGACGACGCAACAAUGCGGAUCCUUUCUCUUGCCGCAUCGACGGUCCGGCGACUAAGAAUAGAUGGCGGGUCAUGGACGUGGAGUACCAGCUUCGACAGUCGUGUCCUGGACACCGGCCUCUCGCUCCUGCGGCUGAGCUAUCUCAAUCUGGGCGAAGCAUGUGUGUGUAACGCAGAAUUCGUUCUGUUGAUGCUCAGCGCUGCGCCCAACCUCGAGGUGCUCGACAUCCAUCUCUCCGACACCGCCGGACACGCUGGUCCUCAAUACCCAGCACUCACCGGAAGCACCAAACUUCGGAAUUUACAAAUCUACCAUGACUGGCGAUCCAAAGAGGAGGAGUCUAUCACGCGCAUGCGCAAAGUCAUAUUUGCUAUCCUCAAUCACAGUCCUCUGCUCGAGGUGCUGGUCAUGGAUAUGCCAGAUCUCGAGCUGCAACGGCACGCCGGUCCGAGGCCCUUGGCCAUACUACCCCUCCUAGCUCGCCUGCAUUACACGUCGCACACUGCGCUGUUCGGUCGCAACGUACCACUGCUGCAAACACCGGUUCUCAGCCAGAUCGUCGUUGAUGUAAGAGUUAACUUGAACCUGGCUCUGGACUUCCCUGCAUGCCCAAAUGUCGAAGUCCUUGGCUUUGACUGCUCCCUAGAAUCUGCGGCAAACACAGUCAAUGAUAUCCCCUUCCUCGCUCCAUGUCCAGUGCAGAGCAUUCCCUCGCAUCUCGCGGCCCGACUCCGUGACUGCUCUCGUCUUCGGUACAUCCUCAUCGCCGACAACACGGCUCUCACCCGAUCCGACGAGGGGUGGAAUCAUUUCUCCGUUUUCUCGGACGGGCAGACGCCAUAUACCGGAUUCGUUCGGUCAUUCCGCCACAAUGGGAGCGAGAUGCUUCACUUGCGUGUACUCUUGCGCGAAUCGACAGAGAUGCCAUACGGCGGAGACGGUGUCCCGGUCGUCCAGUGGGUGCCGCUUAUCCGGAGCGAGCCAGCUCUUCCAGGGCGCACCUGCUGGCAGGAUUUCACCGACUGGGAAGGGCAAGUGGUGCCGAUGGCCAUAUUGGGUCAGAUGAGACGAAAGGAAGCGGGCAAGGCGGAUUGGUAUCAGCGGGGAGUUGAGGUGCCGGCGCCAACGUGGAAGAUUUUGGAGGACUGGAGGGACGGGUUGCGGGUUUGA